AGCAGAGCAGAAUGGGUGGAGGUGCCGUAGUGGAAUUGAACACAGCUCGUUCUUUACAGUUGAGUUGACUGUACUCUGUACUCUGACAUACUUUACGAAAGAUUAAAAAGCUGUGAAAGAAGGCCUCAUAAAUCACGGCGCUUUGAUAUCGUCUUUAUAGCGGCUGCUUUCAUGCAGCGCUGUCCUUCCGUACGGCUCUCCAACGGCCUCAGUAUUCCAGCACUGGGACUGGGGACAUCCCAUGAUGGUGGAUACUCCCAUGAAGCAGUGGUCUACGCUCUUGAAGAGUGUGGCAUCAGGCACAUAGACACAGCCAAAAGGUACGGGUGUGAAGAGGCCUUGGCCAGGUCCUUGUCAGAGAGCACAGUACCACGUGAGGACAUUUGGAUCACUACUAAGCUCUGGCCGGGGGACUAUGGGUACCAGAGCGCCAAGGAGGCCUGCAGGGCCUCUGCUGCCAGGCUUGGAGUGGAGUAUUUAGACUUGUAUCUAAUGCACUGGCCUGACAGCAUGAUCCCUGGUCGCUCCAAAAGAGAAGUUCGAGCAGAGACGUGGAGAGCGCUGGAGGACCUGUAUGAUGAAGGAUUGUGUCAUGCCAUCGGUGUGAGUAACUUCCUCAUCCCACAUCUCAAGGAGCUGAAAGAAGACUGUGGAGUGGUGCCUCAUGUUAACCAGGUUGAGUUCCACCCCUUCCAGCAGCCAUGGGAGCUGGUAGAGUUCUGCCGCAAGGAGGGCAUAGCAUCUGAGGGCUACAGCCCUCUAGCCAAGGGCCAGGCCCUCAGCCAUCCCCUCAUCCUGGAGCUGGCGAAGAAGCACAGCCGCAGUGCCUCCCAGAUCUGCAUCCGCUGGAGCAUUCAGAAUGGGGUCAUCACAAUCCCAAAGUCCACCAAGGCACAGAGGAUUUCAGAAAACUGCCAAGUUUUUGGGUUCACACUAUCAGAAGAGGACAUGGAGAGUAUUGGGCGACUACACGCUAAUAAAAAGUUAAUCAAUCUCAGUUACCCUCAGUUAUCAAUCUAAGAAUAUCAGAGAUGGUUCCCAGAGAUUUGUGAUAUCACAAAUGGUUCUCAGGGCUGUACUGUGUUGUUCCACACCAGUGAAGACUGAUUGACUCAGAACCAAAAAAUAAUGAAGAAAACUACACACAAAAGUGGCUCAGCAAUGGCAAACAGGCUGCUAGUGUUAAGUGCUAGAAAACGUUCGAUUCUGGCUGUCCAACAGCGUCCUGUCCUGUCCACCUUGAGAACAUCUGAUCUUUGAUCUGAUCUCCUCCCAUCAUAGAGAGCUGAAAGGGUUAACAUUGUAGGACAGAUUACAUCGCCUCAUCCAAUCAGCAGGUUUCUGAGGAAGAACACUGUCCAAGGAGACCCUUCCUAACAAGAGCCAAAGCUCAGCUAGCUUGGAGACCCUCUGUGAAAUGGUGUUUCAUUGAUUAUGAUGUUCCCUUUCACACUGAACUCCACUAGUGUCCCACGCUAUCUGUUACUUGUCUAUUACAAUUCAAAAUAACCCUUCAAAUACAGUGUUUUGUUCCAAAGCCCAUUGAAGACCAAGCCCUACAACGUGUUUACCGUUAUACAUCAGCUGUUACUCAUUUCAAAAACACGUUAAAAAUGGUAAAACAGCAUUUUGGAAUUAAAAUCAUCAAAUCUUCCAAUACUGUUCAGUUUCUAUCAAGGAGCUGGCUUCUUAUAACACUACAACUCCGUUUUGUAGUAUACAAUUAUGUGAAAUUGUUAUUUGUGUAUUUUAAUACAGGUACAAUUUCAAUUCUGUGAAUAAAUUACAAAAUAAAUCCACACUAAUAC